AUGGACAGCGCUUUGAAGUAUAAAGAGCAGCUUGAGGAAGCUGGCUUUGUGGAUAUCAACAUUGCCAAGCGCAAGUGGCCGACGAACCAUUGGCCCAAGGAUCCAAAGCAUAAGCAGAUCGGCCGAGGUGGCCUCGGCUGGAGUAAGGAGGAAGUCGGGGGGUUUCUCACAGAUGUCCGCGAAGAUAUGAAAAAUGCGAACAUUCAUUCGUACUGGCCAAUGUAA